GCUGUUGUGCUGCAAGGUGGUAGUCUGUGCAAGUGGCAGAGGCAGGAAGCAAGCAAGCAAGCAAACAGCAGCAGCUCCUCUCGCUGGAGGCAAGGAGGGGGUGCUUGUACCUUUCUCCCUGGUCCUAUCCUCAACAUGAGGGGCAGACUUAAGGACACAUGGAUUUUCCCCUUGCUCUUAGCUGGUUUAAUUCAACCAAACUGGGGACAGGAGCGACCAAAGGUGGACUGCUAUGACUCAGUACAAGGAAGUGUCUACAACUAUGGGGCUCUCACUCUUCGUGGUGAUGAGUAUAUCCCCUUCCAGAAGUACGCAGGGAAGUUGCUCCUCUUUGUAAAUGUGGCCACUUACUGAGGACUCACAUCACAAUAUCUUGGACUGAAUGCACUACAAAAUGAGCUGGGACGCUAUGGAUUAAUCAUCCUUGGCUUCCCAUGCAAUCAAUUUGGAAAACAAGAACCUGGAGAAAACUCAGAAAUCCUUCCAGGACUGAGAUAUGUUAGACCUGGAGGAGGCUUUGUCCCAAAUUUCCAGCUCUUUCAGAAAGGAGAUGUAAACGGGGAGAAUGAACAGAGAGUUUACACUUUUCUAAAGAAUUCAUGUCCACCUGUUGUGGAAAACUUUGGUGACCCCAAGAAACUUUUCUGGCAACCUUUGAAGAUCCAUGAUAUCAAGUGGAACUUUGAGAAGUUUUUGGUUGGGCCGGAUGGGAAGCCUGUUAUGAGGUGGUAUCACAGGACAAAUGUUGCCACUGUGAAGAAUGACAUCCUACGAUACAUGAGGAAGCAGAACAUGUUGUAUGGAUAGAGUUUCCACAAUCAUCGAAAAAUUAGAUAAUGGGAAGGGAGGGAAACUGUUUCUUUAUCCACAAUCAUACAUUUUCACUAAAACCACAAACAAAUAUUUUAUCUUUCCUUCAUCAAAGCCAAAAUUUUAAAAUAUAGUGGGGGGUGGGUAUUUAUGGCUCUUGACAUGUUUUGGCCUACACUUGUCUCCAGCUCUAGUGAGUAUUGUGCUAUGAUAAGAACUGCAUUCCAAGAACAUACAAGGGGAGUCAUAGUUGGCUGCCCCCAAUCCAGAAUGCUCUUUAACAUGGCCCAGUUCCCCCGCCCAACACUACCUACCUGUACGCACACACACCUUUGUGUACAAACAACUGCUAACCAUCUGAACCAUACUGCUCCUGCUGGGAACAGACAUUCUUCAGGGCCAGAUGGGGUGAUUAUUUUGGAUCUCUAUGGAUCAGACCCAGUUUCCCUUCCCAACAAAAUAGAAUUUCCGCCAUCACCACCACCACCACAAACAAGCAGAGAGUUCACACACUCGCGUUUCUGAAAUAGUCUUUUCUGAUCAUGGGUUAGAUGUGAAGGGUUUCUGGGGACAAGGAAGGUGCAACAUUAUGACGGUUAGGUCUGAAAGCUCCCAAAGGAGUAGACCUCGCCUGAGCCUGCAAGGCAGUGAAGUAGCCCUUUAGUGCAUUCAGACUACUUCAUGGCAUUCUGCAGAGAUAUGUGCCUUUUUAGAUAGAGCCCCAAGAUCCUUUUGCUGCCAUGCCCAGUCUGUGUCUGUACAUUACCUAAUAAUAAUAAAGCACCCUCAGCAAAUUUAUUAUUGUGAAAGACUCUUUUUCAAUGUGCAAUGCAGGUCUCACAAGGAGACAUCUUCUGCUAUGUUGAUGCUGCCAGUCUUGAGUCAAACAAGACGAGAGACAUAGAUAGCACAUGACAAGAAAUGCUAUGUGAUUAAUGCUGGCUUUCAUCUGACAAUGGAAUUUCUUCAAAAAUGCAUGCCUCUGCAUUCAGAUUCAUAAAUUAAGCCUGUGUUUAUUUCCCAAAUGACCAAUAAAAAAUGAAGCACACUAGAAUGCAGGAUAUUGAGAUGAAGAAAAGCAUUUGCUAAGGCAAACAGAUUUAUUUCACCUAUUAAGGGAGUACAGCUUGUAAGUAAGUGCUAGAAGUAUCACCUCAAAUCACCCUUCACAGUAUGGAGAUUUUGUACUGAUGCUACCACCACUACUAUUUGUUUUGCAGGUAUAGUUUUUGGAGGCUACAAAACCAAUUAAAAACAUUUAUGCAAUGA